AUGGAGGCCGGACGCGCGCCGCUGGCAGAGCCGGAGGACGACGGCGACCUGUCGGAGGCUCAGCUGCCGGCCACGCUGGCCGCCGCGACGCCGCCGCCUCCGACGCCGCCGCCGCCCUCCAUGUCGCGAGCCUUCCAGCAGCGCACCGACUCCGUGCGGCUGCUCGACCGCUUCGAGGGCUUCUUCUACAGGCUGGCACUAACAGUUGCCAAACGGCCAGUGCACUUCUUCGUGGGAACCCUGUUGUUCACGGUGCUCUCGGCGACUGGUCUGUUUUUCUGGAACGAAGAAGUCGACAACGUGAAGUUGUUUCUUAACCCAUCCAUGGACCUGUACAAACGCUCGCGCUGGGUAGACGAGCACUUCAAAGACCAACUCCGCUACGAGAUCAUCAUAGUUGAAUCGGACAACGUGCUCCGGCCAGAUGUCCUCCAGUGGAUUGCAGACCUACAGACAUCAAUAAAGGAGAAAAAUGUGUCUGGGAUUGUGCUGUACGAUGUGUGUGCUCGGUAUAAUACGUGGUUUGAAGGAACAGAGGGUAUUGACUUGAGUGCCUUUUCUGACUUUAUAGACAUUGACAGUAUACCAAUACCUAAUGAAUGUUUGUAUCAGAGCAUACUCAAAUUGUGGACUGUUAAUGGAAUUGUCAAAGAAAAUCUGGUAAAUGAGACUCAGGAAAUGAUUAAUAAAAAAGUUUCCACUGCAUUAAUGGCCAGUUCUGAUGUGAGUAUACUGGAUGACAUCACUUCUCUCUUAGCUGGAGUGGAGUGGAAUCUUAACAAGACUGAAGUAUUGGGAGCCAGAGCUACUAUCAUCAUUUGGAUGCUUGACAAGUCUCAUAGCUCCUCUGCUGAGUGGGAAUUGGGAUUUAUUGAAGAAGCACUAUUCUCAAACAGGACACUUCCUCCUCGUACAAAUAUCUAUGCGAUUUCAACACGAAGCUAUGAUGACUUCAUCCGUGAAGUUGUAGAGAACAACACAACACUGUUGUUUGCUGGAUUUUCACUCAUUAUACUAUAUGUUAUUCUGAUGAUGAGCAAGUACCACCCCAUUGAACAGAGGGUCUAUUUGUCACUGUUGGGAGUCUCCAUUAUUGGGCAAUCAAUUCUUGCUUCCUAUGGCCUGUGUUUCUACAUGGGCUUCUUCUGGGGACCCCUACAUCCAGUUUUGCCAUUUCUGCUCCUUGGUAUUGGAGUUGACAAUAUUUUUGUAAUUAUGCAGAGUCUUGAUAAUGUCAACGAGGGAAGAAAAGACAUGAAUGUUCAAGAAAAAAUAGGUCUGACCUUGAAAAAAUGUGGAAUUUCUGUUACUGUAACUAUCCUAACAGAUGUAAUAGCAUUUGCUGUUGGAACAUCAACUAAAAUGCCUUUCCUGAGGUCAUUCUGUGUUUUUGCUGCUGUUGGUAUAGCAUGUGUAUAUGUUUAUGUAAUGAUAUUUUUUGUAAGUUGUUUAUCAAUUGAUGAAAGAAGAGUUAUGGCAAGACGAGAAGGAUGCUUCUUUAGAAAACACGAUGAAAAUAAAAAUGUCAACUGUAGAAGAGAUAGUAUUCAACAAAGAAUAUUUGCUAAUUAUUUUGCACCAUACUUGGUUAAAUGGCCAGUGAAGGUUGUUGUUCUGCUUACAACUGUUGUACUGCUUGGUAUUAAUAUUGUGGGAGUCCUACGUGUGGAGAGAAAGUUUGAUCCCAUGUGGUAUCUGAAUCAGGGCUCUUAUCCAAUAAAAUUCAAUGAAAAAUUAGUUGAGUAUUUUCCCUUCUAUGGAAAGAGGGGAGGCAUAUACAUGCGUGGAAUAGAUUACUACUAUAACUAUUAUCAGGCAAACAAUAAUGCUCUUGAAUUUCUUAUAUCAAAGCUGGCAGAAAAUCCUUACAUUAGCCAGGGAUCACAAAAAAUAUGGUUUAAGGACUUCCAAAACUAUCUUGAAAGCCAAGAAUAUGACGCUGAGGAUUCAAUUGAAUAUAACAAUUAUCUAACUGAAUUUCUGCUGCUAACCAAUAAUGGACAAAGUUUCAUUAAGGAUCUCAAAUUUGAUGGUUUUCCCCUUGAAGGUUACAACAUCACAGCAUCGCAAAUACCCUUUCAAUACAUCAUGCUGAACAGUACUGCAGAACAAAUAAAAGCCAUGCAAUCAAUUGAAGAGCUGGUUGCUUCACUGAAUAUCACUGAGGAAGAAGAAACAAUAUUCACAUAUUCUGCCGAUUAUGUUUCAUGGACAGCAAACAAGAUUGUCGGCGAGGAGCUGUUUCGGAAUUUGGCAAUCACAUGUGCUGCUGUCUUUGCUGUAACACUGUGCUUGAUUAAGGGCCCAAGAGCUGUGGUAUUGGUCAAUUUAUGUGUGAUACUUACUGUAACUGACCUCAUUGGGUCAAUGUACUGGUCAGGACUAACAAUUGAAAUUUCUUCAUCUCUGAUGAUUCUCUUGUGUGCGGGAUUGACAGUUGAUUAUGCUGCCCAUGUUGGACAUGAAUAUGUACAUGCUAAGGGAACAAGAAAUGAAAGGGCUGUAGAGUGUAUUAGACGUAUUGGACCAGCAGUUUUCAAUGGUGGAUUCAGUACAUUCCUUGCAUUUUCAUUGCUGGGAAUUAGUGACUCUUACCUCUUCACAACAUUUUUUAAGUUGUUUGCUGGUGUUGUUGCAUAUGGAUUGUUUCAUGGCCUGAUUUUCCUGCCUGUUAUUCUGAGUAUUUGUGGUCCACAAGACAAAAAAAGUACCAAGCUACAGGCAGAUGCAACAAAUGGAAUUAAUCGUUUCGCAAAACUUCUGACUGCAGAUAAAAGUGCAGUUGAUUCUACAUUUGUUGACUUAAUACAGAAGUAACUGUGCAAAAGUGAUUCUACAUUUUGGACAUAAUACAGAUGUAACUUCCCAAAAAGUGUAGUGCUUUCAAGUACUACAUUCCAGAAGAUUUGAGUACAAAUGUGGGAGUAACACAUAGUCAGUGUGUGUUUAUAUAUCUCCCAGAUCUUGCUCCUCAAGUGUGAACUGUGCACUGGGUUUAACUGGUGUUAUAAAAUUUUACUUAGGCAUGUACAAAGCAGGUUUGAUCAUCAUCUGCUGUUUUUAUAUAAGUGAAUGAAAGAUUGUUAUGCCAUGUGAGUAGUCAAUCAUGAGAAAAAUCAACAGAUAAAGGAAUUAUGUGAAUCAAAAUUCUAAUUUCAUUUAAUAUGUUUGGUGAAUGGUUUCAUAAAAAAAGAAAAUGGAAGAUGAAAACAAGACACCUUCCUUCGCCAUCAAACUGAUCACUAUUCACUACAGAGUUCUUUUAGCGAUGUUUAUAAAGCUGCUGUGUGAUUCUUAAAUUUUUGUGAGCUGUAGACUGCAUUGUGUUGUAAAAUGUAUGCACAUUUCAUCCACUACUGCAGGAGGCCUUCAUCAAACUGUGCAAGUCCACUUGAAACUGUCAGUGAAGACUUCUUUUGGACUCUAUGGAAGCACUGAUGGCAUAGUCUUUGAUAUCUGCUAAUGUGUGAAGCAGAAAACUGUAUAUUAUUACCAUGGUGAUUGACUACCCUAUACAAGAGAAACUGGUAGCACGAUGCGACAUUCCUACGAUGAUGAUUUGCUAAAAACGUACCAAGCAAGUGAAAUGUGCCAAUGAAAUUUCCAGCAACUUAUAUUUUUAUUGUUUUCUUUUUAUUAGUCAAUUUAUGUAUCAGAAAUAGGGACCCAAUUUUGUACUUCCUCAGAUCUUUGUAAAUGAUGUCAUUAAUGUCAUGCUUGCCAUUUUUCAAUUCCUCCAAUAUAAAUCUCAGACAAUAGUUGGGCCAGAAUCUGUUGCACUUUUUCCUACAUUAUUUUUCCUUGCACUUGUUGAUUGCAAAUCCAAAUGUGGCAUAUCAUUAAUAGUUUCACUUUUAUCCAGAAAGUAUCUGAAUCAUCUCUAAACUCAUAUUUUGAUCAAAACUUCUGGUCUGUACAUUUUUGCCAAUAUUCCAAU